AUGGGAAAUAAAAAAAAAAAAAUGGAGUAAUAGAAUAACUCUUCAAAUAUUCUAUAAGAUUUAAUGAAAUCUAACUUAGAAACUCUAACUCAUAUUGACUUACAGUUAUAAAAUUGUACUCUUAGUUAUUAAUAAAUUGUAUAACUUAACAAUACUUUAGUAAAAUGUUAAAAAUUAGAAUCUUUAGUACUAAAUUAAAAUAAGGAAACUAUUUCAGAUGAUUAGAUAAAUUAAUUAUUUGCUUAAUAUUCUUGCAUAAAUGAUUAUGUUGAAACUGAUAAAAAUAUGAGCAAUGAUUAAAUAUAUGUCCAAAUUUAGUUUUUCAAAAGUAUUUUUUACUUUGGAUAUGGAGAUAUUCAAGAACCUAGAUUAAAUGAAAUUGAAGGUUAAGGAAAUAUUCUAUUAGAAGAAACUAUGAGCAAUCUAAUUAAUCUCAACAGUUUAUAGCUAAAUUUAGAUGGGAAUUUAAUUGGAGAUGAAGGUGCAGCUUCGAUUUGCACAUUAUUACGUAAAUGCAAAACACUUACUAACUUAAAUAUGUAGCUUUGGAAAAAUAAAAUGGGUGACAGAGGGAUAUCGAGUAUUGCAGAAGGAAUUAGUUGUUGCGCUAAACUCACAACUUUAACUUUAUAUGCAGUUGCAAAUUUAUUUGGAAAAGAAGGUGCAUUUUCUAUAAGUAGAACAUUAAGUAGCUGCAAAAUGUUGACUCAUCUAGAUAUUGACCUCUCUAAUAAUUAAAUUGGAGAAGAAGGAACAUCAGCUAUUUGUAUGGCAUUAGGUAGCUGUAAAUUACUUAAGAAUUUAAAAUUGGUGUUACGUAAAAAUUAAAUUGGGGAUGAAGGAGGAUAUUCUUUAGGAAUAGCAUUAAGUAACUUACACUUACUUAUUAAUUUAAAAUUAUGUCUAAGGGAAAAUUAAAUAUGUGAUGAAGGAGCAUUAAACGUUGGUUUAGGUUUAAGUAAAUGUAAUCAACUUUAGAAUUUACAUAUUGAAAUGGAAUUUAAUUAAAUUGGAAAUGAUGGAGCUUCUGCUAUUGCUAGUGCUAUUGGUAAAUGCAAAUCCCUUACUAAUCUCUAAUUUUUGAUUUAUGGAAAUUAAAUUGGAGAUUAUGGAGCAUUAAAUAUAGGAUUAGGUUUGAGUAAAUGCACUCAACUUACAAAUUUACAACUUGGGAUAUGGUAAAAUUAAAUUGGGGAUGAUGGAGCUUCUGCCAUUGGUAAAGCACUUGGUAACUGCAAAUUCCUUACUAAUCUCAACUUUUAAAUUUGGAAAAAUAAAAUCGGUGAUAAAGGAGCAUAAGAUAUUGGAAUAGGUUUGAGUAACUGCACUCAACUUACAAAUUUACAAUUUGGGAUAUCCUAAAAUUAAAUUGGGGAUGAUGGAGCUUCUGCUAUUGGUAAAGCACUUGGUAACUGCAAAUUCCUUACUAAUCUCAACUUUUAAAUUUGGGAAAAUAAAAUCGGUGAUAAAGGAGCAUAAGAUAUUGGAAUAGGUUUGAGUAACUGCACUCAACUUACAAAUUUACAAUUUGGGAUAGGCUAAAAUUAAAUUGGGUAUGAUGGAGCUUCUACUAUCGGUAAAGCACUUGGUAACUGCAAAUUCCUUACUAAUCUCCACAUUUCAAUUUGGGGAAAUAAAAUCAUUGAUAAAGGAGCAUAAAAUAUUGGAUUAGGCUUGAGUAACUGCACUUAACUUAUAAAUUUAGAAUUUGGGAUAUGCUAAAAUUAAAUUGGGGAUGAUGGAGCUUCUGCCAUUGGUAAAGCACUUGGUAACUGCAAAUUCCUUACUAAUCUCAACUUUUCAAUUUGGGAAAAUAAAAUCGGUGAUAAAGGAGCAUAAGAUAUUGGAAUAGGUUUGAGUAACUGCACUCAACUUACAAAUUUACAAUUUGGGAUAUCCUAAAAUUAAAUUGGGGAUGAUGGAGCUUCUGCUAUUGGUAAUGCACUUGGUAACUGCAAGUUCCUUACUAAUCUCUACUUUUCAAUUUGGGAAAAUAAAAUCGGUGAUAAAGGAGCAUAAGAUAUUGGAAUAGGUUUGAGUAACUGCACUCAACUUACAAAUUUACAAUUUGGGAUAGGCUAAAAUUAAAUUGGGGAUGAUGGAGCUUCUACUAUCGGUAAAGCACUUGGUAACUGCAAAUUCCUUACUAAUCUCCACAUUUCAAUUUGGGGAAAUAAAAUCGGUGAUAAAGGAGCAUAAGAUAUUGGAAUAGGUUUGAGUAACUGCACUCAACUUACAAAUUUAGAAUUUGGGAUAUGCUAAAAUUAAAUUGGAGAUGAUGGAGCUUCUACUAUUAUUAAAGCACUCGAUAACUUCAAAUUCCUUACUAAUCUCCACUUUUCAAUAGAGAACAAUAAAAUCAGUAAUAAAGAAUCAUAAAAUAUUGGAUUAUGUUUGAGUAAAAUCACUUAACUUACAAAUUUAGUUUUUAGCUCAGAUAAUAAUGAAGCAUUUCUAAAAUCCAAAGAAAUUAUCAACUGUAAAAAUAUAAAGUUGUUGAAUCUAUCUAUAAAAGAAUUGUCUGAAGAAAAAAAAAGAAAAAUCAAAAGAUUAGCUUAAAAUAUAAAAAGAUUAGUCAAAUUAAAUAUAGAUUGAAUUUAUAUUUAUUUAUUAAUAGUAAAUAAAAAUUAUUGAAUAUAAAAAUUGUAAAAUGAGUAUAUUUUUUAUUUAAUUCCAUUUUUUGGAAAAAACAACUGAAAAAUAUAAUAAUUUAAUAAAAAUUAAAACAAAUAAAUAAAAUGUUUUAUAUAUUAUGGUUUAUUUAAUGUUGGAAACUACAUAAAUUCAAACCGAUUUCUAUUUGUGUUAUUAA